AACAUGCCCAAAAUCUCUACCAAUUUUUACGAGUUCCAGAGAGGAUAUACAGUGAACUUGGAAAAACAAUUUACGAAAUCCUUUCUCCUUUUGCAAGUGUGUGCCGAACGAAAAGGGGUCUGCCGAACGAAAGAACGAAAAACCCUCGUCCCUAGCUCUCGCGAUCUCUGUUCGUCUCUCUACUGCCGACGGCCCUUCUCGACGACGGUCGUUCAUCCGACGACGACGACGUCUCUCCUGUAGGAAUAUACUUCUUUAAGCACGGACCCAUUCCUAUAAUAAAGCUAAUAGGUGAAUGAUUUCUCCUGCAAGGAAAGACAUCAAAUUCGCAAAAAUCUCAUUGGCGUUGAAGAAGAAGACAUAGCCAAUGGAGAAUAGCGAAAUCCCUGAAAACGCCAAUGAAAAUUGCCCGGGUCCUGAGUCGGAGUCUGCAGGGAAAUCAGAUGCCUGUCAAGGAUGUCCCAACCAAUCCAUUUGUGCUACUGCACCUAAAGGCCCUGACCCAGACCUGAUUUCAAUAGCGGAACGAAUGGCAACGGUUAAGCACAAGAUUCUUGUUCUAUCAGGUAAGGGUGGGGUUGGAAAGAGCACAUUCUCUGCUCAGCUUGCAUUUGCCCUUGCUGCCAUGGACUUCCAGGUGGGUCUCCUUGAUAUUGAUAUUUGUGGCCCGAGUAUCCCAAAGAUGCUAGGUCUAGAAGGUCAAGAUGUGCAUCAGAGUAACCUUGGAUGGUCCCCUGUUUACAUAGAGUCCAACCUUGGAGUUAUGUCGAUUGGUUUCAUGCUCCCUAACCCCGACGAAGCGGUCAUUUGGAGAGGCCCUCGAAAAAAUGGGCUUAUUAAGCAGUUUCUAAAGGAUGUGUAUUGGGGAGAGCUUGAUUUUCUGGUUGUUGAUGCUCCACCUGGGACUUCAGAUGAGCACAUAUCAAUUGUACAAUGCCUCAAGGCUACUGGAAUCGACGGUGCAAUCAUCGUCACAACUCCACAACAAGUGUCUCUCAUUGAUGUGCGGAAAGAAGUGAGUUUCUGCAAAACAGUAGGAGUAGAAGUUCUUGGAGUUGUAGAGAACAUGAGCAGCUUGUGCCAACCACUAUUAGAUAUGAAGUUCUUGAAGACAACAGAGGCCGGAGAGCAGACAGAUGUAACAGAAUGGGUGGGAGAGUACAUUCGAGAAAAAGCGCCAGAGCUUCUAAACUUGAUUACUUAUAGUGAAGUGUUCGAUAGUAGCGGAGGUGGUGCUGCAAAAAUGUGUAGGGAGAUGGAUGUGCCAUUCCUAGGGAAGGUACCAUUGGAUCCACAGCUUUGCAAGGCAGCUGAAGAAGGAAGGUCCUGUUUUGGUGACCAAAAAUGUGGGGUAAGUGCCUCAGCACUGAAGAAGAUUAUAGAGAAGUUGAUACAAAAUCAAGGGUUUUCAACAAUGUCAAUAGAUGCUAAAGCCUAGGACAGACAGCACAGCUUUUGAACACACGUGGUUGUGCAAUUACUUAAUACAGCACAACUUUUGAACACAUCUUUGGUCCUCUUAGUUUGUAAGGUAUCAUAAUAUACUUCACUUUUAUCACUCUUUCACAAAAGGUAUAUGUUUGUCUCCUUUUGGUGGAUUUAAAGUUAUCUCAUUCCUAUUGCUUAGUGAAUAUUCCUACACAUCAAUUUGUUAAACUCGAAAGAAGAAUGUUAGGGAAAAAUAAUUUUUGGGUUUA